AGUUGCUGGUAUUGUAUUUUUCUUUGUAAUACACAAGAUCACGUAUGACUGGAAGGGUCACAUGAGAUUUAUAAAAUAAGUCACAAAAUAUAUAGGGAAGACCAGGGUUAGUUUUCACACUUAUAUACUCUAUACUGUUUUAUGUAACUCGACACAUAGGCUAACAAUCUUGGGCUGGAAGGCGAUAAGCUGAAUAUGAAUAAAACAUGAUCACAGAUCAGAAAAUUUCAUUAAAGUCUCAUUAAGGGUUCACAUUGGUCGUGACGUAAGCAACCCACAAACUCACCAGCUCAGACCCUGCGUGUCCCACCGCGAGCUCAAAACAGACGCAGCGCGCGCUCUGAGCUGCAGCACGCGAAACGGAGCUCCUCUCUGCUGCUUAAGACUGCAAAAGACAAGAGCCGUUCCGGAUAACAUCAAGAGCAGAAAACAUCUGUGUGCAUCAUGAAGUUUGCGGCUUUAGUCUGCUUGGUUGUUUUCUUCGCUGCAGAUGGAGAGUCCAUGCCAGUCGAGCAGGACAGCCAAAGAGAGGACCUGCUUAUCCAGUGUUUAGUUCACAUCCUUUCAAAGGCGCUGUAUAAGACCGAUGAUACUCCGCUGCAUCCAGAAUGCAAAAACAUCCUUACACCAGGAUCAGGUCAUUCAUCAGUUGUGAAAAAGGAGGAAGACACUCUAGAACCAGUUCAAGAGGAGCUUAAAAAGCCAAGAGGAGAGUCUAAAGUCAAGGAGGAGGAACUCAUUGAGGAUCUUCUCAAAGCUAACAAACGGGAGGAGCUGGAUGACGAACGUAGCCAGGAAGAGUUCCCAAGUUUUAUGAAACGAAGAAUCCACGAAAAACGUGAUGAACUGGAUGAUGAACGAAGCCAGGAAGAGUUCCCAAGUUUUAUGAAAAGAGGAAUCAAAGAAAAACCUGAUGAACUGGAUGAUGAACGAAGCCAGGAAGAGUUCCCAAGUUUUAUGAAAAGAAGAAUCAAAGAAAAACGCGACGAACUGGAUGAUGAACGAAGCCAGGAAGAGUUCCCAAGUUUUAUGAAAAGAAGAAUGAAAGAAAAACGUGAUGAACUGGAUGAUGAACGGAGCCAGGAAGAGUUCCCAAGUUUCUAUAAAAGAGGCAACAAGCAUAAAAGGGAAGAUCCCGACGAUGAGAGAAGCCAAGAGGAAUUUCCCCAGAAAAGACAUUUUUCUGUCCUUUACAAGCGUGAUAAUCCCGAUGAGGAGCGCAGCCAGGAGGAAUUCCCUCUAUAUGAAUAUAAAAGGAGUCGUCUUCUGACCAGCAGAGAAAAACGUGAAGAGCCGGACUAUGAUAGAAGCCAAGAAUUUUUCCCAAGUUACACCCACAAAAGAAACCAUGGGGAUGGAGAAGAAGAGGAUGAGGAGAGUGAGGAAAGAGAGAAGCGGAUCUGGAAACCAUCACAUAGAUACCACCACAAGAAAAAGCACCACAAACGCAGUGAGAAUGAGGAUUUUGAAGAACCAGACUAUGACAGAAGUCAAGAAGACUUCCCAAGCUUCAGCCAAAAAAGGAGCCAUGGGGAUGGCAGGCACUACAAACCAAAUGAAGACCUGCUGAACAAGCAUAAUAAUGAGGACUUAAACUCAAGGGAAGAGAGGUCUGAAGAAUCAGAAGAGGUAGACGAGGGUACCGCAAAGCGAUACUGGAAACCCACCCAUAGAUACCACCAUAAGAAGCACCACAAACGGGACUCAUCUGAAGAGGAUUAUGAGGAAAGACCCCUGGAAAAAAGGUAUGAGGACUCAGAGGAAAGUGAGGAAAUGGAUAAAAGGAUCUGGAAGCCUACACACAGAUAUCACCAUAAGAAGCUUCAUCACAAGCGUGGCGACUCAACAGAGCUCAAGGAUGAAGACGAACUCAUCUCAGAGAAGACUCACAGUCUCCAUGACUCAACAGACAAUGCCCUCAAGCGACAUUCACCUGAAGAGGAAGAAGAAAUUGUUUAUGAGCUUAAUGAAAAGAGGCAUCACUUAACCAGCCAAGAGGAGGAAGAUGAGCUGAAGAAAGGACACCAGAGUUCUGCAGAGGAGAAGCAGGACAGGGAGGCUGCGUUGAGGUACCUAACAAAAAAGAAGAAUGAGUUGCAGGAACGUCUACUUAACAAAGGUGACAUCUAUGAGAAGCGUUCCCCAUGGAUUUACAGAGGAUACUACCAUCCAGCCUGGUACAAGAGAGGCCAUAAGGUGGAUGAAAGUACUGACCAGCACCCCUACCAUAAACUAGAGGACUUUGCUGAGACUCUCCGGUACAAAAGAGGCCUGCUUACUCAGGAGGAGUCACCCGAGGAGGAAAAGGGUGUCCCCCAACAGAAGCUUAUCACACCAGAGGAGUUAAAAGAACUUGAGAAACUGGCCACUGUGGAUCAACAGAUGAAAGAGACAACUUAACCAUUCCUAGAAUCAUUCGAGAAUCAUUGCGCUGCCUGAUUUGAUUUUCCAUGAGCUUUGUGUGUGCUUUGGCUGCUUUAGAUGAAUGCAUUACUAUAUGUCGUACCUGAUUACAACUGCAUUAGAAUAUUGUUAUUGGUGUAAGUUCGUGUUUAAUGUGAGAGUCUGAGAAACAAAACGGUCUAUAAAAGGCAAAAUAAGCUUGAUAAUACCAUGUGAAUCAUUUCUCUCUUUAUUACAUCCUAAAAUAUUCUAAAAAAAAAAAAAA